AGUAUAUGAUGAUGUAAUUGAAGCAAUAAAUCAAUGGAAAGAUUCCGGAAUAAAGAUAUUUAUUUAUUCUUCUGGAAGUGUGGCCGCCCAAAAAUUAUUAUUUGGACAUUCGGAUAAAGGAGAUUUAUUAAAG